AUGGAAUCUUAUUCCCACUUGUUUCCACAUACAUUGAAUCCCAUAUUAUUUGGUGUAUACAGCUCGUGUAUAAAUGGUAGUAUAAUUUUGUGUUAUGAUGCCAACGAUGCAGAGCCACAAAAGCUGGAAGUUUCUUGUUCUAGUGACUUGGAUGCAGAGCCACAAAAACAAAAAGGGAAGAAGGUAGCUGCUGCUAAGGAAGUUAAACUCCCACCAAGGAAUGAGUCGGAAGACGAUGAUGGAAGAAAAUUUGGAAGUGGUAAAAAUGCUACAGAGAAUGAGCAAGCAAAAGCAAUGUCCAGCGAUGAUGAGGUGGAUUAUUCACAGAAGUCUGCAGCAAAAUCAGCUAAAGGUGAAGGCAGCUCAAAAGAGAUACCAAUGAAUAGUGCAAAACGGAAGCGUUUUGCAGUCAAAGAUAAAGUUGCUGAUACUAUGAAAUAUGAUAAAAGCCUGGUUGGUUCAAAGGUCAAAGUUUGGUGGGCUGAAGAUAAAACGUAUUAUGAAGGUUUCAUUGAGUCAUUUGAUGCUGCGAGAAAGAAGCAUAAGGUUCACUAUGUGGACGGUGAGAAAGAGACUUUGAAUUUGAAAACAGAAAAAUGGGAGAUUUUGAAAGAAUAUUCUGUGUGUGAUGAGGCCAACUAUGCAGAACCACAAAAGUGGGAGGCUUCUUGUUCUAGUGACUCGGAUGCAGAGCCAGAAAAACGAACAGGGAAGAAAGCAGCUGCUGCAAAGGAGGUUAAACUCCAACCAAGGUAUGAGUCGGAAGAUAAUGAAUCUGAUGCACCUCCUCUGAAAAUGUCGGUUUCAAAGUCAAUGAAACAAUCGGAUAAGAAGUCAAAGCUUUCUGGGAAGAAAAUAGAUGUGGGGGGAUCAAAUGCAAAGAACCCAAAACAGACUGGUAAGAAAGCAAAAGUGGGAGAUAGCGAUUCGGAGACUAAUCCAAUGAAAUUGUUAUUUAAGAAGGGGCAAAAAAGCAAACGUACCACUGAGGAAGAGGAGGAAAGUGAUUCUGAAGGUACACCACUUAAACUCUCUGCAAGAAAUGGUAAGUCAAAGAAGAAAGAUGAUGGAAGAAAAUGCAGAAGUGGUAAAAAUGCUGCAGAGAAUGAUCAAGCAAUAGCAAAGUCCAGCGAUGAUGAGAUGGAUUAUUCACAGAAGUCUGCAGCAAAAUCUGCUAAAGGUGAGGGCAGCUCAAAAGAGAUACUGGUAAAGAGUGGAAAACGAAAGCUUUCUGCAGUCAAAGAUAAAUAUUCGCAGGGAUCCAACACUAUAAAAUAUGAUAAAAGUCUGGUUGGUUCGAAGGUCAAAGUUUGGUGGACUGAAGAUAAAAUGUAUUAUGAAGGUUUCAUUGAGUCAUUUGAUGCUGCCAAAAAGAAGCAUAAGUGGCAAACCAUUGAAGCUGAAAGUGAAGAAGCUUCCCCUGAAAUACACAAGAAGAUGAAAUCAAAAACAGAUGUUACACCCUCUGCUUCAGAAGAUCAGAUCAAAGAUUCAGCCAAGAGAACUGGUGGGGUCUCUUCGUCCGGCAAGACAAAAGGUCCAACUUCAAAAGAUAAUAAGUCCAAGGACAAAUCGGCUGCAAAAUCAACUUCCAAGAAAUCUACUGGCAAGUCUAGUGAUGCAGCGACCUCCUCAAAAUCUAAGGAUGAAGAGACACCAAAAGCAGGGAGUUGUGCACUUGUGCCUGUAAUUCGAAAGCUAGGUGAAGGAGUACUUUUUAAGUCUGAAGAUAAACUAAACACUUGCCUUAUCCCUGCUGUAAUAUCUAUGGGUGAUAUGUUCGAUAACUACCCUAAAGUCGAGGCCAACAAGUGUAAAUUGGUUAAGGAAUCUAUAUACAAGGCACAUCAGGAUUAUGAGAGCAACCUUACCACAACAUCAUCAGACCACACAGGCAAGGUUUUUAAAGAAGGGACUUGUCUUGAAGAGGUGGAUUCUCGUUCUCGCUUAAAUCUAUAUGUUAAAGAGAUGAUGCCAAUCAUGAUCAAGCAGUUUGAAGGGGCUUGUCUUGGUGUAGAUGUGACGAGUAAUCAAGAGCUUCACUUGAUCUUGAAACCUCAAACAAGUCAGAGGAAGAAGUCAUAAAUCAAGAAGGUCAUGAUAAGAAACACACCAAUGGUACAAAUACGAAUAAAGAAUCAAAGACAGAAGACCAGGCUUCAAAAAAGAGAGGAAAAGAAGAUGAUAUUGUUAUAAAUUCAACCGAAUCAAUGGUGGGUCUUGCUCCCAAGAGGGCUAGUAGAGAAACUUCCGAUGGAAGUGCGGAAAAGAUAAGGGUAUCUAGAGUAGCGGGGGGUAGUUCUUUUGCUCCUCCUCCAGUCACAUGCAGUACAGAUGCCACUGUGGAGGAAGGCAAGUCUGACAGGAUAGCAUCUGGUCAUUUACCCUUGGGUGAUAAGGAUGUCAUAUGUUAUCCAUCUCACCAAAUGCUUCUGCCAGGGGCUUCGGCUCCGGCUAUGGAAGAGAGGGUGAGGCAAAUGGGCCGGUCAGGUGUUGUUGAUUGGCUGCAGGGGAUAUCUAAUGAGUCUGCUGCUUUGUUUUCUCAUUCUGCAGAGUCUAUUCAUGGUUUGGAACUAGAUAAUUCGGAGCUGAAAAGGCAGAUCAAUGAGUUGGUCCUUCGUGAUAAGGGGUAUCAUGAGAAGAUUAGUGUAUUGGAGGGGGAGUUAGCAGAUUUGAAGUCCCAGAAUGUCCAGAUGAAGAUUACUUUAAAGGCCAGGGCUGUUGAUGCCGACCGGAGAGCUACAAAGGCUGAGAGGAGGUUUGCAGAGGCGAAGAGUAAAAUGGAGGUGGAGAAUUUGAAGUUGAAGAAGCAGCUAGACGAGUGUGUUCUUUGCAAUCAGGGUUACAAAGAAAAGAUAUGUAUAUUGGAGAGGGAAGUAGCAGAUAUGAAGUCUCUGGAUGAACAGAUGAAACUUAAUUUGGAGGCGAGGGCUGUGGAUGCCGAGAGAAGAGCUACGGAGGCUGAAAAGAGACUUGAAGAGGCAAAGAGGAAAAUGGUGGAGGCAGAGGGAACCGUGAAGGCUGCUUUGGCUUCUUUUGCUUUAUAAUGUAAUCUGGAAAUGUGAGUAGCACAGGAAGAACCAAAGAACCACCCUGUGUUACACUGUUGUUUGUUAGAAAGAAUUUUAUUCAUUGCAGAAGGAAUUUGCCAUUGUAAUGCAAGCAAUUUAGAGCUUCAGGUAUGAUAUUUUUUACCUCAAUAUUGAUGUAAUUUCCUUUUGUUGUUUAAAAGUUCAAGAUCAGUACACUUUCCAAGCUUUAUAAAGUAAGUUUCGGCCUAA